AUGGCGUUGCCAGUGGAGAGAACCACAUGCAGCUGCCAGAACAAGGUCAAGGACAUGUCGCAGGCCGACUUCGGCCGCCACGAGAUCGAGCUCGUGGAGGUCCAAAUGCUGGCGCUCAUGUCCUGCCGCUCCGUGUUCGGCCCCUUGCAGCCCCUCCAGGGUGCGAGGAUCACCGGCUCCCUCCACAUGACCUCCCAGACCGCCGUCCUCAUUGAGACCCUCACCGCCCUCGGUGCCGAGGUCCGCUGGUGCUCGUGCAACAUCUUCUCCACCCAGGACCACGCGGCGGCAGCCAUCGCUCGUGACUCCGCUGCCGUCUUUGCCUGGAAGGGUGAGACCCUGCAGGGGUACUGGUGGUGCAUCGAGCGGGCCCUUGACUGGGGCUCCGGCGGCGGCCCCGACCUGAUCAUCAGCGAUGGGGGCGACGCUAUCCUCCUUAUCCACGUGGGCGUCAAGGCGGAGGAGGCCUACGAGAACACCGGGAGUCUCCCCGACCCAGCGUCCACCGAAAGCCCGGAGUUGCAGAUCGUGCUGACCAUAAUCAGGGACGGGUUGGAGACCGAUCCGAAGAGGUACCACAAGAUGAAGGAGAGACUCGUCGGAGUCUCCGAGGCCACCGCCACUGCUGUCGAGAGGUUGUACCGGAUGCAGGCCAAUGGGACUCUCUUAUUCCCCGUUAUUAAUGUCAGAGACACUGUCGCCAAGGCCAAGUUUCAAAACUUGUGCGGUUGCCGCCCCUCUGGGCCUGACGGUCUACUGAUGGCCACCGACGUCGAGAUCGCUGGGAAAGUUGCUGUGGUCUGUGGAUACGGAGACGUGGGCAAGGACUGCGCCACUGCCCUCAGGAAGUCCGGUGCUUGUGUCAUCGUGACCGAGAUCGAUCCCAUCCGGGCUCUCCAAGCUCUCAUGGAAGGCAUCCCGGUCCUAACCCUCGAGGAUGUUGUCUCCGAGGCCGACAUCUUUGCUGUCACUGCCGGCGGCAGCAAGGGCAUCAUCACGGUCGACCACAUGAGGAAGAUGAAGAACAACGCCAUCAUCUGCAACAUCGGUCCCUUCAAUAACGCUAUUGACAUGUCCGGCCUCGAGACCUUCCCAGGCGUGAAGCGCGUCACCUUCAAUCCUCAGACGGACAGGUGGGUCUUCCCCGACACCGAGUCGGGCGUCAUUGUCUUGGCGGAGGGACGCCUCGUGAACUUGGGCCACCCUAGCUCGGUGAUUUCCUCCUGCACCUUCACGAACCAGGUAAUGGCGCAGCUGGAGCUGUGGGUGGAAAGGGACACCGGCAAGUAUGAGAAGAAGGUCUACGCCAUGCCCAAGCACCUGGACGAGAAGGUGGCCAGUCUUCACCUCGCCAAGCUCGGCGGUAAGCUCACCAAGCUUAGCAAGGAGCAUGCCGACUAG